UAUAUAUAUACACUAAGCAGCCAAAUCCCAUCUCCUCUCUCAGGUUGAGAACGUUGAGAAAUGGAAUCUAUGCCCAUGUCUCCUCCAGCCAUGGAUGGCAGAGAUACUCCAAUGAUGCAGAUGAGCUUCUACUGGGGCAAAGAGGCAGUGGUUCUCUUUUCAGGGUGGCCUAAACAGAGUGUUGGCAUGUACAUACUGGCCUUCUUCUUCAUCUUCCUGCUGGCCUUCGCCAUCGAGUUCUUGAGCCACACGCAGCCAACCAAGCUUCCCAAGAGCCCUGUUGCCAGCGCCUCCAUUCAGGCCCUCGUCUAUGCUUUCAGGACAGGGUUGGCUUAUCUGGUCAUGUUGGCUGUUAUGUCCUUCAACGUUGGGAUGUUUAUAGCGGCUGUGGCAGGGCAUAGUCUUGGAUAUUUUGUUCUCAAACUUCGUGCUCUUACUGCUGGAAAGAGGAGUGAUUGUAAUGAAGUUUGAGUGAUUGUAGUGUUCUUGAAAUGCUUGUUUUCAUUCAUUUCCUUUAUGCUGAUUGUAUAAUCAAUCAAUAUGUGAAAUGAAACUUUGGUUAAUACUAA